AUGUCGCUCUACUGCCUCGAGACCGGCGAUUUCCGGUCCCUAUCGAUGACGCGCCAGGGUCAGGUGCUCCUCGACGCCAAGCCCCAGGUCUUCUCUGUGAUUGACCAAGGCACGCUGGAUACUGGGUGGAUUGCCCUGCACGCUUUCGGUCGAACGGACAGGGCUGGCAGUUAG